AUGUCCCGCCAUCACCCCGACCUCGUCAUGUGCCGCAAAACAGCCGGCAUAGCCAUCGGCCGCCUCUGCGACAAAUGCGACGGCAAGUGCCCCGUCUGCGACUCCUACGUGCGCCCCACAACCCUCGUGCGCAUCUGCGACGAAUGCUCCUUCGGCAACUACCAGAACAAAUGCGUCGUGUGCGGCGGAGAGGGCAUCAGCGAUGCGUUCUACUGCUUUGAGUGCACGCGGCUGGAGAAGGAUCGGGAUGGGUGUCCGAAGAUUAUUAAUCUGGGGAGUUCGAGGACGGAUCUGUUUUAUCAGAAGAAGAAUUUUAGGAAUCAUUGA